GAAAGCAGUCCAUACAUGAUCAGGAGCCGUAAAGGUGUUGCUCGCUGAAUCCCAGCCUAUACCAGUACGUUGAAGCAACGUUGUAAAGGCAUGCAUAAUACUUUUGCUUCAGUCAGUCUACCUCCUUCAAACCUCUCAACACCCAAUCUAAUAUGAAGCUUAUUCGCCAACUCUGCGUCUAUUUCCUCCCAGUCACACCUUCUGAGCGACGGUGUCAGUGUCUUCCUAAACCUCUCAACCAAAAUCUCAAGGAAGACAAGCUCCAUCUCUUUGGUCCACUUCACCCUAUCGCUUUUUCCCCCACCCUGUGAAGCCAUCCACUACUAGAGAAGUGAAACUCCAUGGAUAAGCAUCAAUUGGAUAUAAGCAAAUGGGAACUAUCAUCAUAGUACCAGCAGCGUAGGGAAGCUGUAGUAAAACUGAACCAUGCCAAGCAAUGAUAAUCCCAACAGGGCAGCAAAAUUAAAAAAAAAGCAGGAGCAGAAAGGCAGAGCUGUCGAGAAAAGCAGGAAGGAAGAGAUGAGGUUCCGACAGGCGUAGCUGCGGAGAAAAAGCACGGGGCUGAGUUGGGUUCACCUACGCAGACUGGGCCUUUAAUUCAAAAUUUGUCUCUUUGCCUCUUGUACGGAAAAAGCCUGUUCUCUACUUUUGUCCACAUGCAGCUUCUGCCUUGGGGAGGCAAAUGGAGUGGGAAAGGAGUUUCCGCCGGAAGGCGAGGAAAGGAGAGGCGGGGCUGGCGGCCGAGAUGGAUGUUGACAAAUUCUCGACUUUGCCCGAGCAUGUCCAGCAUCACAUCCUCUCCUUCAUACCGAGCAUCGAGGAAGUAGCGAAUACCAGUUUGGUGUCGAAGUCGUGGUUGGGGACCUGGCGAUCGUUCCUGAUUACCGACUUCAAACCAUGGCUCAUCCUACCGGACGCGGAUGUCAGCGACUUCAUGGAAACCGGGCUCGGCGAGUACGGUAAGAGUUUCGUCAAGUUCGUGGACGGUGCCCUGAUGAGGUCCCGCGAGGGGAUGCCGAGGUUCGGGUUCUUUGUGAACGCGGAGUUGGCUCCUCACCUCGAUCGAUGGUUAGGUAUGGCCUUAGACUGUCACGUUAAGGAGCUAAGCAUAAACAUCAUGUCCGAUUUGCCAUACUCGAUUCCCGCAAGGGUUUUAUCUGCUCACUUCAUCAAGACCUUAACAUUGACUGGUGGGGUAGAGAUUGAUGGGAUUAGUGCCGUGAGCCUUCCGUCUCUGCGAUUGCUUCAUUUGGUAUGUACUCUUAUUGACAAUCAGAUGUUUCAGAGACUCCUCGGCGGCUGCCCUUUACUUGAAGAUCUUUCUUUGUGCUCCUGCGGUCUCUUAUCUGAGAUCAAAGUUCCAAAUCUCCAUUAUCUCGAGAGAGUAACGGUGGCUGGGAUGGGCCCUGAGAUUAAGGUUGUCAGUAUUGAAGCCCCGGGCUUGGAAAGCUUUAAGCUUGAUCGCGGAUACCAAUAUGUGCGUGUACGGGACAUUGGUUUAGCAGUUCAUGUAAGUCCAAAUGUCAGGGGGACAAGGAUUCAAUACAGCCAAUCGAAUAGCCGUCGGCUAGUCGAAUUCAGCUCAUCCACAAGAGAUUGCAACAUUGACACCAACAAAGUUGUAUACAACAUAACAACCAUUACAUAUAUGCAAAACUUCACUGUUAAUAAGCUCUGCUAGCAGCAGUUCCCUUCGGCCCUUGAUCAGAGAAAGUUGCUCGCCCAAAGCAAAACCCGAUGACCUACAACUCAAGAUGAGCCUUGUGACAACACACAGAUGUUCACCAUGCAGCGGUUCCCUCUGGUAUCACCUCCAGAUCGUCAUCCUACCGAGAAACAACCAAUACAUAACAGAGCCAUCAUGCUUUAUGCUGUAAAAUUGCUUUGGUUUCUUCUAUUUCUUCAUUUCUAUAUGCAUUCCACCAGUACCGCCUUUUCCUUCCCUCAA